UUGUUAUGUUUGGGUGGAUCAGCGCGGCGCUCAACAUGACGGACAAACGCACUUUACGGCUGUAAGCAAAUUACAUUUCUACACGACUUGCUUCAAAUGAGCAUGUUGCAUUCAGGUGCAUAGCUCGGUGAAGGCGGACAGGUAAACUUCGUCGUGAUUUCGACCCGACCUGAGACACCUGUUGCUCCAGUUUCGACGCACAGGUGCCACUUUUUUUUUUUUUUUCUUUUCUCGCCCCCAGAACAAGGAGCAGCACCUGGGUAGACAUCCUAAACCGAAACUUGGAUUCAUUUCUUUAUUCUUUUCCACCUCAAAAAAAAAAAAAAAUAACUUUCGACUUUCCAGCUGCUAUGAAAGUCACUGUGACGUUCGGGGACACCUCGGUGGUGGUUCCCUGUAAAGCUGGAUGGAAUGUGCGGGAUUUGGUCGACCAAGCUACCCGCAGAUACCGCAGGAUUUUGGAGCAGCCAGAGGAGCUCGAAGUGAAGACCCACCACUUGACCUACAUCGAUGGAGGGAUCAUGGACAUGGACGACCUGCUGAUCGACCUAGUGGAAGACCGAGACAAGCUCGUGGCGGUGUUCGACGUCCAGCGCGGGAGGACCGAGCCCCGAGAGACGAUGUCCAACGGCUACUCCAGCGCCGCCCCGAGCCCCGAACUCCUCCAGUACUUCUCCCACCUGCAGCAGCAGCAGCAGCCAAUCAGAGCGGAGAUCGAAGUCAACGAGGCCAUCCUCAAAGCCAACACACCUCUGUUGGUGAGGAGCAGCAGUGACUCGGCCCUGGCCCCCGCCCGCGAGAUCAGAGCCACGCCUCCACCCGAUGACCGCAGCAACAGGUCUCCUGAUCCGGAAAUCAACCAUGUGCUGAAAGGAGCUCUGGACCGACUGCACACGGACGACCCCCACAAGAUGAGCAAAGUGAACUACAGCAGCCUGACGAGGGUGGUGGAGUUUCCGAGUGACUGGGGACCCCUGGGUAUCCACGUGAUCCCAUACUGCUCCUCUCUCAGUGGACGGACCCUGGGCCUAAACAUUAAAGGAAUCGAGGAAAAGAGCCGCUCGGCGAGGGAGAAAAUCUUCCGGCAGGACGAGUGCAUCGUGCAAAUCAACGACACGCCACUCCAGGACAAGACCUUCGCAGAGUCACAGGAAGUGUUCCGCCAGGCCAUGACGUCCUCCGCCUCGUCCGUGCGCCUGGAGGUCCUCCCGGCCAACAAGCCGCGCUACGAGAAGGGCCUGAUAGGUCAGCUUUUCACCGGCGACGGCAAAGAGCCCACGGCGAAGGCAAAGAGUCCCAUGGUGCUCCGUGCCAAAGCUCAACCGGAACCCAAACAAGACGUCAACACCAAACAAGAAGUGAGGAGGCCGGACGCGCGCGCCAGGACGCCAGAGACGGCCGCGGCCAACACGGCGCCAGCGCAGCGCCAUCCUGGGCACGGCUCCUUGGAGAGAGUCUCUCCCUCACCUCCGGCCAGGGGGGCGAGCUCCUCCCCCUCACCCAGGACCCCAAGCCAGAGCCCCCUGGCCAGUAACAGCCCUGUUCCUGGCAUAAACACCCUCACCAGCAGAACGGGAGGCAAGAAGAUGAAAAUUGAACUGAAGAAAGGUGCCGAGGGUCUGGGCUUCACCGUGGUAACGCGGGACUCCACGGUCCACGGGCCGGGGCCCAUCCUGGUGAAGAACAUCCUGUCGCGCGGCGCAGCGGUCAAAGAUGGCCGCCUGCAGCCCGGAGACCGCAUCCUGGAGGUGAACGGAGUAGACAUGACGGGCCGUAGCCAGGAGGAGCUGGUGGCCAUGCUGCGCAGCACCAGGCAGGGAGAGAGUGUGGUUGUGGUGGUGGCCCGGCAGGAGGACAUGUUCCUGCCGCGGGAACUGAAGGGGGAAGAGGACGGCAGUCUGGUGUUGGAGGACGGCAGGGAGCAGCUGAUGUACGAGAUCCCCCUCAACGAGUCGGGUUCUGCCGGCCUGGGGGUCAGCCUGAAGGGCAACAAGUCCAGAGAGACCGGGGAGGACCUGGGCAUCUUCAUCAAGUCCAUCAUCCACGGAGGGGCCGCUCACAAGGACGGUCGGUUGAGCGUCAACGACCAGCUGAUCGCGGUGAACGGCGAGUCGCUGCUGGGACGCUCCAACCACGCCGCCAUGGAGACGCUGAGACACUCCAUGUCGUCUGAGGGAAACGCCAGGGGAACCAUCCAGCUCGUAGUGCUCCGAACAUCCAGACAGAUUGGCAGUGGCACCCCCGCACACAGCACCGCAACAAACGGGUCCGCCGCCCAUCAGCCGAACAACCACGCGGGCUCCAGCAAUCAGGAGCCAUGGGGCCACAAUGCACCCAAGGGGCCCUCAGGACCCUCUCGACCCCCGAACACAGAGCCCACCGUGAACGGAGCAAGUCACACCCCGAUGACGACCAACAACUUUGCGUACGGGAACUCUGGAAGCGCUCCGUAUUCCGUUGCGACCGCCAACGGCAGCAACAGUCACUACGGCAACGGCGAUGAGGAGUACGAGGAAGGCUUCCCCUCGCCGCCCUCCCCCGGCACCAUGGAGGAAAUGAAUAGAGACUCACCGCGAACUCUCCCACGCCACAGCGAGUUCCAGAAGCAGCCCCGCGAGGCUCCGGCUGCUUUCUAUGCAGACGACAAGGACAACGUGCCUCGCAACAGAGCGUCCAAGAGCAUGGACCUGGUGGCUGAUGAGAGCAACAUGGGAUCAAUGGUCGGGCAGAGGAAUGAGCCGUCAGCCGGCGGAGCGCUGGGCCCGACCCUGGGCCUCUGGAAGUCCAGCUCCCUGGAGAGUCUCCAGACGGCCGUGUCGGAGGCCAAGCAGAGUCGCAACAAAGCCCAGGUGCCCUUCCACCGGCCGCGGCCUCACAUGGUGCGUGGGCGCGGGUGCAACCAGAGCUUCCGCACAGCCAUCGACAAGUCCUACGACGGGCCCUCUGAAGAUGACGACGACCUGUCGGACCGGAGCUCCGGUUUUGAAACGCCCGUCAGCAGCUCCUCUCGCCAGGGCCUCGACGCAGACGACGGGAAGAAGAAGAAGAAAACCAAAGGGAAGAAGAAGGAGAAAAAGAGCAAAGGGAAGAAGAAAGCUGACGAUUCUGUGGACGACCCGGAGAAGAAGACCAAAAAGAAAGGAUUCGGCCUCUUAAGGUUUGGUAAGAAGAAAGACGACAAGAGCAAAGAUGCUGCCAAAGCGUCCAAGGGCAAACUGGAGGCCCUCAGUGAAGAGGAGCUGGACCGGAACCAGGACCAGCGGGGCAGCUACGACCCGCGUUACGCCGAGGUCCGAUCGGGCCACCUCACCCCGGACUCCGCCUCCUUCCCCGACGUGGAGGACGACGACAGCGACCCCAACUACGCCCGCAUCAACAACUUCCGCCCGCCGCCCUCGCCGCAGCCGUUCGUCAGCCGCACGCCCUCCCCGGCGGCGCUGUCGGGGCCCAACUCGGCCAGGGCUUCCUCCGAGGAGCUGGACGGGCUCUACGCCAAGGUCAUGAAGUCCAGACCCCCGGCGGCUGUGCAGAACCAGCAUCAAACACAGGCAGACAGUGAUCCGCGUGUGAUCCGUGAUCCGCUCCAGGGGCUGCGUCGCGAGUACCAGCAGGCCCGAGCCGCUCCGGGCUACGACGAGCUCGACAACCAACGACGCAGAGUCCUGGACCACGACCCGAACCGGAUGGCACCCAGAGGUGCUGACUCUCGACCCAUGCCCCGCUACGAAGAGUCGGACCGGCAGUACCCCACACAGCCCAGGAGGGAUCCAUAUGAUUACACCACCCACUCCAGGACCGCGCCAAGAGAACCAGCUUACCCCGGGCACUACCAUGACCCUCCACCUUCCAGCCGUGCCCAGCUCCCCCAGACUGGCCCGCAAUCAUCCCAUCAGGCGUCCAACCACCAGCGCUACUACCCCUCGUCUCCCGGCCCAGGACAGCAGCAACGCGCUGCAGUAAGGCAGGACGUCCCCCCGUCUCCCACCGCGGGCCAGAGAGGGCGCCACUACUACGAAGCCGUCGGAGGGCGGGGAGACGGCCACGGGCAGGUCAGCCAGGGCCACUACAACAGCCCAGAGAGGUACCCCGACACCGGGGAGCGCUACAACAGCCCCGAGCACUACGGCUACGAGGACGAAAGACAACCAGACCCAAGGCAGAAGAACCCCAUGAUAGGUGCGGUGUAAAAAAAAAAAAAAAAAAAAAAGGUUCUCCAGAGUCACAGACCCGUCUCAUCAAACCAGUCACACAAAAGAUAUAAAUAACUCCAAAUUCAUGUGUUUCCAGAUUUGUGAAACAUAAUAUCAGCUGUCUGGGCUGCCAGUGUGGAUAAGUGAGAUUUGGCCAUAUUAACUUAUCUGAUCAGGAACCCUUGAAAGCUAUAAGUGACAAGCUGGGAGGCUAAAAAAAGGCUUAUUUUCAGAACCAUCUGGUCAUAACUCUCUCCACAGGCCAAGACAGAUUUAUCAAGCGUUAUGGACUCGUGUGUGUGUGUGUGUGUGUGUGUGUGUGUGUGUGUGUGUGUGUGUGUGUGUGUGUGUGUGUGUGUGUGUGUGUGUGUGUGUGUGUGUGUGUGUGUGUGUGUGUGUGUGUGUGUGUACAUGUAUACACGUUUGCAACCGCUUGUGUACAUAUGCAUGUGUGCCAAUGUUUAUAUCGACAAUAUUUUGACAGAUUUUAUGAUGUAGAUUUGAAAUUAAGGGCAAUUAAGUUAAUGACACAUUUAUAUAGAGUUUACUUAAUAUAUUUAGUGUAUAGAAUCAUAGAUUUUCCAGCAUUUUGCACAAGCUGAUCAAACUGAAGGAAACAAAGAAGGAUCACCUUGACCAGCCGGGCCAGGUGGCACAGGAAGGUGAAGUGGACAAACAGGAAAAGGAAGUAACUCCCCUUCAAAGUAUCCUCUCGUCCUUGAUGUUUUGUCUGUUGGACUUCCUUUACAUCCUGCUAUAACUCUUUUGAUAUUUGUAUUUUUGCCUUUGAUUAUCUGGAUGUGGAUGUGGCUGACACAUUUACUGCUAUUUGUUAGACGUAUAAAUGCAUCGCAUAUGAAUUUAUUUGUGAUAUUUUGGUGGUGUUUCUAAUGAAAUUGUAUAAAUGUUGAUCCACACACAGAUUAAUAAAAGUAUUCUGCGUGAAUUCUCACACAUGGUGCAGCUAAUAAAUAGCUACAUAAAUAAAACAUUUUUAUCUUUUGCUCUAAGUCACUGCACUGAUUUGAUUCAAAAAU